AUGUCCCUCCUACCACACCACCCCCGACCCGUCCCCUCCCUUCUGCGCGCCUUCACCGAUUUAGACAACUACCUCACUAGUACAUCCACCGCUGCAGACUCCCUGUUCCCUAAUUCCCCGCGCUUUGACCUCCGCGAAACCAAAGACGCAUACAUCCUAGACGGCGACCUGCCCGGCGUCAAGAAAGAAGACGUCACUAUUGAAUUCAGUGAUCCCAGCACGAUGAAUGUCAGGGGUCGCAGUGUGCGCAGCACCGAGGGGGAGGAUGGGAACUGGUGGUUCUCGGAACGUACGAUGGGGGAGUUUCGUCGCUCGUUUAGUUUCCCGGCCAAGGUGGAUCGGGAGCAUGUGGAUGCGAAGUUGACGGAUGGGGUGUUGUCGAUUCAGGUGCCGAAGGUGGAGGAGGAGCCAGAGGAGGAGAGGAAGAUUGUUGAGAUCAAGUAG